AUAAACCAGAUAAACAUUAUGCAAUAAAGAAACGAACAAGAAAUCCAAAGGAUGAAUAUCGAUAUAACCAAAUUCUCAUAAUUCAUAAAGCUAAACUUGAUGAACAAUAUUAUAAGUUAGAUAAGGAACAAA